AUGUCAACGGAUCCAUCCAACACAAACGAUGGAGCGAGUAAUGCAGAGCCCUACGUGCGCGCCGCGCAUCCCAGCGAACUCGACGCAUUGGUGACGCUCUGUCGGCGAAGCUUCAUUGACGAUCCGGUGAUGAACUACGCUGGUGAUGUUCCUUCCAAUCAACCCCUUUCGAACGACGAUGACACGCCCGGUCGUCGUACCCUUGAAGCCUUUUACCAUAUGCUCGUAGGGUGCGCGUUCCUCCAGAAAGGCCUAGUCACCGUCGUCGCCGUUCCUCAAAACCCUGCAGUGGAGACGUCGAAUGUAUCUACUUCAGAGAAAGAGAGCGCAGGGAAAGGAAAUAAGGGGGCUGGAAAGGGGGAGCAGGGAAAGAACGAGAAGAUUGCCGCCUUGACGGUUUGGCUACCUCCGCGGUGCAGAAUCGGGGUCGACCAUCCCGUCACCAUGGCCAGGGCUGGCUUCUUCAAGGUUUUCAAGGGAUGGGGCGUCAAGGGCCUGAAGCGUUUGGCAUUUGACUAUGCUCCUGCGGCGGAGAAAGCUUUCCAUGAUGUGUAUCACAAGAAAGGAAAAUCGCCUGCCGAGACGGAGGUAGAUGCGUGGUACCUUCAACUUGCUGCAACUGCUCCGGAAGAGCAAGGGAAAGGUUACCUCUCCCGUUUGGUUCGUGAUGCGUUUGCCCAACACCCAAAUGAGACUUAUAUCCUCGAGGCUACAACUCAGAACUCGAGGGACCGUUACCAACAUUUAGGGUUCCAGUUCGAAAGUACGAUACACCUUGGCAAGGGAUGCUGCAACGCGAAGGGACUAGUACCUAGGCGUAAAGGCAAGCGAUCGGGAAAGGAGAAGGGCGACGAUGCAGAAGUAACGACUGGAUAUGAGAUUUAUGCUAUGGUUAAAUGGAAAGGCGACUCGGCACCACAAGGCUCCUCGUGA